AUGUCGACAAAGCAUACUGUGAAAUAUAAACUUCCAGUCAAGCACCGGUACCCUGUAGCCUUAUACCAGAAGCUCGCUAUACAUGUCGCACGAGCUAAGCUGUCCCAAAGACCACAACGCCGGGAGUAUCAGUUUAACUUUAGGAAGUGGUAA